CCCAAGUAAACUGCAUGCAAAAAUCCCACAUGAUCAAGCAGCAGCAGCCGUGCUCCGAGCUGGCUGCCUGCACCUUCUCGCCUUCAUCCCUCAAGCACACCGGCGCCAGAUCCCGCCUCGGACACACGCUUGUGCAUAAGUUGAUGUUCACGGGACUGGACCCUGCUUUAUCCCAGAGAGGCUCCGAGAGGUUGAAACAAGAGAUUUCCGCACCUCGCCGUAUUGCUCCAUUCGUUCCCCGAGCAGGAGAGGCCAGCCAAGACCAGCAUCAUCAGAGGAGUUUGCAGGCUUGAUUUUCCACUUCUCCGAGGUUUUGCUUUCCUCCACGUCCUCUCAUAAAACAAUUUUUUUUACUUCCAUCCCCUUGGUUUCCACGCCGCAAUAUUUCUUGGAUUGGCCGUUCUUUUUUGUCCGACACCCCCCCCCCCUUUUUUUUUUUUUUUCCUUUUUCGCCUUUGCUGUUGCUUAGUCCUUGGUGCAUCCACCGCCCAGGAACAGGAAGGACAAGAAAACCGCUCCACAAAGUCUCCUUCAAGACACCGUGCUGCAGAACAGGCUCCUCAACUCCAUCAGCACAGCGAGCAAACUCCUCGGGGGUUUUGUUUCCCCCCCCCCCCCUUCCCCCUUUUUUCUCCUCCAUUCCCGUUUUUUCCCCCCUGUUUUUGUUUGUUUCUCAUUUGCGGGGAGCGGAGGGCCAGGAAGGAAAACAAACUUUGUACUUUGAGAUCUGUGGGUACUUCUCGUCCCGCUCCCAGCCAGCCGCCUUUAAUACAUUGCCAGGACCCCCCGUGGGCUUCCAGGGGGAAAGAUCUCCUUCCCCUCCUCCUCCUGCCCGCUCUUCUCCGCCGUUCUUCAGCUCGCUUGCUGCCUCCAUCCCCGCGAAGCCCGAGCCGCGCGUCGGGGCCGUUCGCAGGGGGCGGAGGAGCGGCCGCCCCUCGCCCGCCCGCCGCGCCGGCGGGCCGGUGUAUGUCGUGCCGUGGGCUCCGUGCGGGACUCCCGGUGAAUGAGCACCGCCCGCCGCCUGCCGCCGACACCCGCCUCGGCCCCCGACACCCCGUGCCGGGGUAAGGCUCCCUGAAGGGCCGCGGAUCGCCCUCGCCCGCCGGUUGCGCGGCUGCGGCGCCAGGCGCCCUCAGCUCGCUGCUGCGGCGCGGCUCACCGCGGAACCCACCGCUUGCGCGUCUUGCUUUUUAUUUAUUUACCCCCACUCGGUCCCGCCUGCCCCCCGUCCCCCUCUUUUUUUUUUUUUCCCCUCCUUUUUUUCCCCCUUUUUAAAUUUUUUUCGCCGCAUCCCGCCUCGCUGCGCCGCCGGCCGGGCGGAGAUGCCGCACGUGGAGAUGCUGCUGCUGGCGGCCGCGGCGCUGUGGGUGUGCGUGCGCGGGCAGGAGCCCGGCGCCAAGGCGGUGGCCGACCGCUACGCUGUCUACUGGAACAGCUCCAAUCCCAGAUUCCAGAGAGGUGACUACCACAUCGAUGUCUGCAUCAAUGACUACCUGGAUGUGUUCUGCCCUCACUAUGAAGACUCGGUGCCAGAAGAUAAGACCGAACGCUAUGUUCUGUACAUGGUGAACUUUGAUGGCUACAGCUCCUGUGAUCACACUUCCAAGGGGUUCAAGAGGUGGGAGUGUAAUCGACCGCAUUCCCCAAAUGGACCAUUGAAGUUCUCGGAAAAGUUUCAACUCUUCACGCCCUUCUCACUAGGAUUUGAGUUCAGGCCAGGCCGGGAAUAUUUCUACAUCUCCUCUGCGAUCCCAGAUAAUGGAAGGAGAUCCUGCCUAAAGCUUAAGGUCUUUGUGCGACCAGCAAACAGCUGUAUGAAAACUAUAGGUGUUCAUGAUCGUGUUUUCGAUGUUAACGACAAAGUAGAAAAUUCAUUAGAACCAGCAGAUGAUACCGUACAUGAGUCAGCCGAGCCAUCCCGUGGCGAGAACGCGGCACAGACACCAAGGAUACCCAGCCGGCUUUUGGCAACCCUAUUGUUCCUCCUGGCAAUGCUUUUGAUAUUAUAGCAGAGUAUGCUCCGGCAACCUGUCUCAGAAAAUACCAGGGUCUUGGAACAUCAAAGAUCCAUCUAACUGCUCAUCCCAGGAAAGGGACUUUAUUGUUUUUGCAGAUGUCAAAUUGUUAUUUUUCCCUUUUCUUCUCCCUUUUAGCCUGAACUCAGCAAAAAUUUGAAGGGGAUAACUAGCUUCAGCACCCACCCCUACCUACCCUGUGACUUUCUUAACCCCUCCAUAUAAAUAAAAGGACUCCAAAUGAAAAUGCCAAACUAUAAUAGUGACACUAGUGAUUCUUAUUUUUCUCUGCAUUCUCCUUUAAAAAGUCACCUCUGUUAGCUCACUGUGUCAUCUGUAUGUGGACAAGGAAGAAUAGUGGCAGAUACAGUCAGUGAGGGAUAAGAAAAGUGAGUGAAAACCCAGGAGAGUCCUUCUCUGUGACACAAUAUUUAUGCCUUUUCGUUCAGCACUGUAAGAUGAUCAUGCAAGGCAUUGUGUCACCAUGUCAGGACUGGAGGGGAAAUAUUAAGAAUAGACAUAAUAUAACACCCUUACCUCCAGGAGUUCCUAAAUGAAUGGGCUUCUGAAAGGGAAAGAUGAUGUUUCUUAUAGGGUUGUCUUGAAACGUCUUUGACAGUAACAUUUGUGCUCACAAGUAGAAAUGCUGUCUUUGGUGAGAGGAAGAAGUUUAGUAUUUAGGAAUGUUAGCACACAGCAGGCAAGGUCAGAUCUAGGAAACUUCACUGGGGGUGUGAGUGCCUCUGUUAUUUCGUUUUAAGGGGAUAAUGCACACCGGAUUAUUUUAUUUUAAAACAAAUCAACCGUGGUGCUACAAUUUUUUUCUUGAAAUGCAGAGGCACUUUUGAGAAUAAAGUGACCUUCCCCAGCACUGACUUAGUAGCUGAUAGCCUUGUAUGCUGCUCUGGGUGUUAAUACAUGCUAAAAGAGGACAUCGGUGGCCAGACGAAACAUGUUUGGGACACAGGAUCUCCAGUGUGCUCUUGAUUUGUCUCUCCUGCAAGUUCCUCAAACAUGGGAAUAAAUCAUGUGUAGAAGAAGCCAGGGCACUCUAAUAGCAUUGUUUGGUGGGGGGAAAGAAAAGAAGUGUGGAAUAUGAAUUCAAGUGUUGAUUUUUGUCUUUUCCCCUUCCAGUUUGAAGAGUAGAGGAAAUGUUUAUCAGUCGGAGAUAAACUAGAUGGGCUCCCAAAGACUUAACAAAAUAUUUUUUUAAAAAUCCACUAGAAUAGAAAAUACAUUAUGUAGGUAUACUUUAUGCUGAGAGUGAGUAUAUAUGCUUGUCCUAUUCAAACAUGUGAGAGAAGUGGUAACCCUUGAUGCAAUUAGGAAAUGGGCCUGUCUUGUUUGAUGGAAUUAGGUAUGACCCUGUUAAGGAAUCUGAGCCUUGGCUAACACAAAACUUUAAAAAGUAGUUUGCCAGGAAGUGCAAGCCUUGGAGUGCUUUUUGGGUUGGCUGCCACUGAAUUUGGAUGCUAAGCAUAAUCAGUGAAAUUUCAGACCCAGACUGAAACAGAGCUUUUCUGACAAAAACUGUGGUAAUUACAUUAAAUGUGAAAUAAAACACAGAGUGCAUUCAAGCAAAACAGUAUUUUUCUAUAUUAAUUAUGAAGAAAAAGUCUACCAUAACACAAUUGAGUGAUGCCAUUAAUGGACAGCACUUCAUGGGCCUUGGUUUUUGCUUUUCUUUUUUUUCUUUUUUUUUUUUUUUUUUUUUUUUUUUUUUUUUUUUAAUUUUUUUUUUUUUUUUUAUUAGUGGCAAAAAGCUUUCCAGGAGUUGAAGCAGGAGAGGGGAAAAUAAAUUUGAGAUGUAAAAGGAGGUUUUAUGCAUGCUGAGCUAUGACCUGGGCUUGCCUGAUAUCAUACAUGUUCAUUAAUGCAGGGCCUAUAUGUACAGGAGGAAUGCAGGAACUUUGCUCUAGUGUGAAGUACACAGAAUAAAGAUACGCAGACCAAAGAGUGAGGGAAGUCAUCAUCUCAUUGCAGGCUGUCUGGUACUUUGCUCUCUUUAAUGUGUAUAUGCUUGGUACACACACUAAUACUUCCUGUAUGUAGGAAUUAAAAAGCUUUGGAUGAGGUGAGCUUAUUCAAAAUGCACCUUAUCAAAUGGAUUAUUAACCAGAGUACAGAUAAUAUUGCAUGAUGUGUAACCAUAUUAAAAUGAUUCAUAGCAAUUGCAGGCAGUCAUACCAGUAGUGCCAAUUUAAUGUAGGAACAGUGACUUCAUUUGUCAUCCUUUGUCUCUUAAUGGUGUUGGAGUUGAAGACGUACAUUUAUCCACAAAGGAUUGUCACUAGUGUUACUCCUGGUGAAACUCACCCCUUCAUGUUGUCACAGGGCCUUGCUGGGUCGGUGAGGGACAACACAAAUGAUGUGUCUGCACGGCAGAUCUCAGUGCUGCCUGGCACGGUGUGGCUGGGAGCAGCAUACCAGAGUCUGCCAGUUUGAUAUUUGAUGGCAUUAGGCAAUCCCGGUCAUACCAAGAUACAUAAAUGUUGGUGGGCUUUGUGCUGCAUUGCAAAUCUCUGGAUGCUUUAAAUGCAGAUGUUGCUGCAAAUUGAAGAGAUUUUUGCUUCCUUACCCUUUAUCUGCCCCAGCUCAAGUCUGAGGUACUGAUUCUCCCUCAGCCUAGGUGGGUUACUUAUGCCCAUGACCUGCACUCCUGGCUGCCAAGUGCAUUGCAAUGUGAAGCAGGCAAAAUAGGAAUCAGUCAGUUUAGUGGAUACUGUGUAUCCUUCAAUAGACAAGGUAACAUUUCGUGUUAGUUUAGAAUAUUGUUUUGUACUGUACUUACUUGGAUGGCGAAGGAAAGACAAGUAAAGCUAUGUUCUUUAAAUUCUGUAUUAUUAGCAACCUCUGUUGUAUAUAGUGUUUGAUAAUAAAGUAUUAAUUUGAUUCUUAUGUCUUUUGUAAGUGAGAACAAUAGACUUUCAGGAUAUUAAAAUCACGUGUUGAUUACAAGACAGAGCUUUGAAGCAUCAAGUGUGA